AAGAAGAAGAAGAAGAAAAAGAAGACGAAGAAGAAGAAGAAGAUCAUCGCUAGGUCAGCUAGCAAGCUAGCAUUUUGAAAACUUGACGUCUCCUCAGCAGUGGACACUUAACUAUGCUUCUGCGGACCGUCCGACCGUGGCUGCUUCGCUGUCGCAGUUUGCCCGUGGCGGGUGCAAGACCUUACUAUGCGGACACAGUCGCCCGACUCGGCUCCGAGCCGGACAAGCACUCCUCUGUGUACCAGGAGAAUUACGAACGGAUGCAAGUUAUUGUUGAUGAACUGAAAAGCCGGACAGAGAAGAUUAAAUUGGGUGGGGGAGAAAAAGCCAGAAGACUUCACACCUCUCGUGGGAAGCUCCUGCCCAGAGAGCGUAUAGACAGACUGCUGGAUCCUGGAACCCCUUUCUUGGAAUUCUCUCAGUUUGCAGCACACGAGUUGUAUGGGAAAGAGGAAGUGCCAGCCGGCGGUAUAAUUACAGGGAUUGGGCGAGUGUCAGGGGUGGAAUGUGUUAUUGUUGCAAAUGAUGCCACAGUCAAAGGGGGAACCUACUACCCAAUCACAGUGAAGAAACACCUUCGUGCUCAAGAAAUCGCCCAGCAGAAUCACUUACCAUGCAUCUACUUAGUGGAUUCUGGAGGAGCCAAUUUGCCCAGACAGGCCGACGUCUUUCCAGACAGAGAUCAUUUCGGACGCAUCUUCUUCAACCAGGCCAGACUGUCGUCAGAUGGAAUUGCACAGAUCGCUGUGGUGAUGGGCUCCUGCACUGCCGGAGGAGCGUACGUACCGGCAAUGGCAGACGAAAGCAUCAUUGUGCAGAAGCAAGGGACUAUUUUCCUCGGAGGACCUCCACUGGUCAAAGCUGCAACUGGAGAAGAAGUUUCUGCGGAGGAGCUUGGCGGUGCUGACCUUCACUGCAAGAAAUCGGGUGUGACGGACCACUACGCUUUGGACGAUAACCACGCGCUUCAUUUGGCGAGAAAGACGGUGCGAAGCCUCAACUACAGGAAAAACAUCGAGGUCACCACAGAACCUACUGAAGCUCCUCUCUACCCCGCAGACGAACUCUAUGGCAUAGUCGGAGAUAACUUGAAACGUAACUUUGACGUCAGAGAGGUUAUCGCUAGAAUUGUGGACGGCAGCAGAUUUGACGAGUUCAAGGCUUUUUAUGGAGACACACUUGUUACAGGAUUUUCAAGAAUAUUUGGUUACCCUGUCGGAAUCAUUGGCAACAACGGAGUCUUGUUUUCAGAAUCUGCAAAAAAGGGGACGCAUUUCAUCGAGUUGUGCUGCCAACGGAACAUCCCCCUUCUUUUUCUACAGAACAUAACAGGUUUCAUGGUGGGUAGAGAGUAUGAAGCGGGAGGAAUAGCCAAGGACGGAGCCAAGAUGGUGACCGCAGUCGCGUGUGCCAAUGUACCCAAGAUUACCGUGAUCAUCGGAGGCUCCUAUGGCGCAGGGAACUACGGCAUGUGCGGCAGAGCCUACAGCCCUCGGUUCCUGUACAUGUGGCCGAACUCUCGCAUCUCCGUCAUGGGCGGCGAGCAGGCGGCCACCGUCCUGGCCACCAUAACUAAGGAUCAGAGGGCGCGCGAGGGAAAGGAGUUCACAGCGGAACAAGAGGCUGCCAUGAAGGAGCCGAUAGUGCGGCGGUUCGAGGCGGAAGGCAGCCCGUACUUCUCGAGCGCCAGACUGUGGGACGACGGGAUCAUCGAUCCUGCCGACACCCGUCUGGUUCUGGGACUGAGUCUCAGUGCGGCACUGAACGCACCGACGAAGAAGACGCGUUUCGGAGUGUUCAGGAUGUAAUGAUCACUUAGCAGGUGCAGAACUAUAGGACUUACCGGAGUUGCGCGUUAUUUUUACGAGUCUCUUGUAGUUUUAUUCCUGAAUGAAUGGAGAAAACACUAUUCAAAAAUGAUUGCAGCAGUGGAAUCACACAACCGUUGAUAGUUGGGGGAGUGAUUGGAUGAUGAGUGGUUGUUCUGGGCCAUUUCCACUGUUAGGUUGUGCCUUAACUGUUACUAUACCAGUGUGAAUGCAACCCGUUGUUUUUUUAACUGUUUCCGUUGGUGGAUUUGAUCAAAUACUGUAAAUGGGGAAUUAAAAAAAAACAAACGGUGAAAAUGUGAA